GAUUCACUGCUGCAUUUUCUACUUCCUUUUUGACUUCCUUCCAUCACCCCUCUCUCUCUCAUCUCCCUUUUCUUCUUCCAGAAAUUAAAAAGCAGCAUCAUAUCACCAUUUCUCCACCUCGGGUGUCAUCCGUGUCUUCUUGAACUUACAACGCAAAACUACCGCAGAAACAUCAGAGGAAAUCCAUGGGGGGUUCAUCUGACAACAAUGUUCUUGCUGUGCUUGCCAAGAACAUUGAUGUUCUUGCACUGCCUCUGGUGUCACUUGCUUAUCCACUGUAUGCGUCUAUUGGGGCGAUAGAGACAAAGUCUCGAGCAGAUGAUCGGCAAUGGCUGACAUAUUGGGUUCUCUACUCGUUGAUUACACUCUUUGAGCUUACGUUUUGGAAGGCCCUUGAAUGGUUUCCUAUCUGGUCCUAUGCAAAGUUGGGUGCAAUAUGCUGGUUGGUUCUGCCUCACUUCAACGGAGCAGCAUAUGUGUACGAGAAUUUCAUCAGACCAUUCUACAGAAACCCGCAGGUUAAAAUCUGGUAUGUUCCUAGGAAGAAGGAUGUUUUUAGCAAGCCGGACGACGUGUUGACGGCGGCCGAGAAAUAUAUUGAACAGAAUGGACCGGAGGCGUUUGAAAGGCUCAUAGCUAAGGCGGACAGGGAAUCAAGAGCUAGGAGAAGUAACUACAUGAUAUUUGAUGAUGAUUAUCGAUAUUGAUCGAUCGAGUUUAAGAUUGUUUAUUUUGAGAUGGUGGGUGUGUGUGUGUCUUUUUUAGUAUGAUAUGAUGUUGGAAAGUGUCGUUAUUGUUGUGUCACGUUAGGUGAUUUUAUAGGUUUAAUGUCUUGCACCUUUGAUUCCACUCGUUUUCAGAACUUUAACCUUGUGACCAAUUGAACUGUUUAUGUGGACAUUAAAUAUGGAUCAUGAAUAUGUUUGUCAUGGUUUGUGUUUAUGAAACCAAUGGUUUAUCUUA